AAAGGCUCAUUCUUAUCUAAUCUCAGAAUAGAAUAGAUUAGCUUCCUAGCACUGGCAAAUAUCUGAUUUUUAUAAAAUUAUUGUUUCGAUCGUGGAAUUUAAAAAUAUUGAAAACUGAUUCUAUAUAUUUAUACUCUAUGUAUUCAUAAGUGAUCAUUAUUUUGGUUGACACACAAAAUAAGUUCAAUCAUUUUUAGGAAGAGAAGUUGUUUUAAAGAUGGAAAUAUCUAAUACCCUACUCAUAAUUAUUUUUUCGGUAAUAGGAGUGUUAAUAUUGCUUAUAUCCAUAGCCGUUGGAGUCCAGUUUUAUCUAAUUUCGAAACUAUAUAAGAGAAUUAAAACUUUAGACCCUAUGAGCUCCUAUAAAAAAGUAGGUCCGUCAUUAUACAUUAAGAGAGCUCAUGGGCAAGUUAGCUCUGUCAGUUCAAGUUUUAAGCAUUAUGGAGCUGAAUCUAAUAAAGAUGUUAAGAAUACUGAAACGCCUAAUCCUAAUGUCAAAGAUGGUGGUACAUUGGACAGAAACUUUUUUACAAAAACUAAUUUUAAUUAUGACAAUCACUUGAUGAACAACGAUGACAACUAUCUGCAGAGUGAAUACGAAAAUGAUUUGCCAUUAGAAAGAGAUACAUUAGAACGCAGCGAAAGGGAAGCAAUAUCUAAACUAGAAUCAAUAUUAUACUGAGAUAAAAAGAUAAUAAUUUUGGUUAGUACAUUUUUAUACAAAGCAAAUAUAUAAUUUUGGACUCUAGGAGAAUAAGGAAAACUUACUCAUUAUUGUUAUUAUAUACCUACCUUUUCAAUAAAAUUAUCUCAAUACA